CGCAGCGUCUUUCCCGCAGGCCCCGGCGGCGGCGUACCCGAGCGACGCGCAUAGCGGCCCCGCGCCCCGCGGCGAAGGCGUCAUGGAGCGGCCGGCGCCCCUGGCGGUGCUGCCCUUCUCGGACCCCGCGCACGCGCUGAGCUUGCUGCGCGGCCUGAGCCAGCUCCGCGCCGAGCGCAAGUUCUUGGAUGUGACCCUGGAGGCGGCGGGCGGGCGCGACUUUCCGGCGCACCGCGCCGUGCUGGCGGCCGCCAGCCCCUACUUCCGCGCCAUGUUCGCCGGGCAGCUGCGCGAGAGCCGCGCCGAGCGGGUACGCCUGCACGGCGUGCCUCCCGACAUGCUGCAGCUGCUCCUCGACUUCAGCUAUACCGGCCGCGUGGCGGUGAGCGGCGACAACGCCGAGCCGCUGCUGCGCGCAGCCGACCUGCUGCAGUUCCCGGCCGUGAAGGAGGCGUGCGGCGCCUUCCUGCAGCAGCAGCUCGACCUGACCAACUGCCUGGACAUGCAGGACUUUGCCGAGGCCUUCAGCUGCGCGGGGCUGGCGAGCGCCGCUCAGCGCUUCAUCUUGCGCCACGUGGGCGAGCUGGGCGCGGAGCAGCUGGAGCGGCUGCCGCUGGCGAGGCUGCUGCGCUACCUGCGCGACGACGGGCUGUGCGUGCCCAAGGAGGAGGCCGCCUACCAGCUAGCGCUGCGCUGGGUGCGCGCCGACCCGCCGCGCCGCGCCGCGCACUGGCCGCAGCUGCUGGAGGCGGUGCGCCUGCCCUUCGUGCGUCGCUUCUACCUGCUAGCGCACGUCGAGGCCGAGCCGCUGGUGGCGCGCUGCCCGCCCUGCCUGCGCCUGGUGCGCGAGGCGCGCGACUUCCAGGCGGCGCGCUACGACCGUCACGAUCGCGGGCCCUGCCCCCGGAUGCGCCCGCGCCCCUCCACUGGCCUCGCCGAGAUCCUCGUUCUAGUGGGCGGCUGUGACCAGGACUGUGACGAGUUGGUCACCGUCGACUGCUACAACCCGCAGACGGGCCAGUGGCGCUACCUGGCCGAGUUCCCCAACCACCUGGGCGGGGGCUACAGCAUCGUGGCGCUGGGCAACGACAUCUACGUGACAGGCGGGUCCGACGGCUCCCGGCUCUACGACUGCGUGUGGAGGUACAACUCGAGCGUGAACGAGUGGACGGAGGUGGCACCCAUGCUGAAGGCCCGGGAGUACCACAGCUCAUCCGUGCUGGACGGGCUGCUAUAUGUGGUGGCCGCUGACAGCACAGAGCGCUACGACCACACCACCGACUCCUGGGAGGCCCUGCAGCCCAUGACCUACCCCAUGGACAACUGCUCCACCACCGCCUGCCGCGGCCGGCUCUAUGCCAUUGGCUCCCUGGCCGGCAAGGAGACCAUGGUGAUGCAGUGUUACCACCCGGACACGGACCUCUGGUCGCUGGUGGACUGCGGGCAGCUCCCAACCUGGUCCUUUGCCCCCAAGACAGUAACUCUGAACGGACUCAUGUACUUCAUCAGGGACGACUCCGCUGAGGUGGACGUGUAUAACCCCACCAAGAACGAAUGGGAUAAGAUCCCAUCCAUGAAUCAGAUGCAUGUAGGGGGCAGCCUGGCUGUCCUCGGAGGGAAGCUCUACGUCUCUGGGGGGUACGACAAUACGUUUGAACUCUCCGACAUGGUGGAGGCCUACGACCCAGAGACGCGGGCGUGGAGCGUGGUGGGACGGCUCCCAGAGCCCACCUUCUGGCACGGCAGCGUCAGCAUCUUCCGCCAGUUCAUGCCCCAGACGCCCUCGGGUGGGCGCGGCUUUGAGCUGGACAGUGGCGGCGGCGACGUGGAUGUGGGCCGGCCCCGGCCACCACAGAACCCCAUCGAGCUGCACUAGCCCCGGCCUGGCCCCGGGAGGGCCUCGGUGCAGGUAACCCGGCACCUCUUGGGGGCAGCACCCCCUUCCUUCGUGCACAAAGACAGGUUGGGCUCACCAGAUGGAGCAUGGGCGCUCGGGCCGCUGAGCUGAGCCAACCUCAGGAUCUGACACCUGGAGAGUUUCUGUGAGCUUAGAGCCCGAGUCACAGCUACUGGGGCCAAGGCUGGUGGUGGAUGCCCCUCCCUUGGUCCAGGAAGAGCUGCCUCCCUGCUGACACAUCUCACCGACGCAGCGCACACCCCUCCUGCAGCCACCACCUGUGCCUGUUAGCUCCCGCCUCCAGAGACGAGGGCCACUUCUGGGGUACGAGUGGAGGGGGAGGGGUCCUUCCAGAAGAGUGAGGAUGGCCUCGGCCUGCCUUCCUGCAGGCCUUGCUGUCCGGAGCAUCAAGAAUUAGGCAGACGAUGACUGCGGUGGGGUCCCGAGCUCCUCAGCCGGUGCUGAACACCCAGCAGGCCAGCUUCCCAGAUGGAGAGAGAGGCUCUACCUGCCUAGCUCCUCCCCCAUGCUGGGGUCUCACACCAAAACACCCCUCGUGGGUGGACCUCUGGAGGUGAGCUCAGACCUGGGUGCACAGGGCAGUGGGACAGGACAGGAGUGUGGCCCUGGAGGAGGCCUACAGGGACUGCUGACUGUUCUAUCCCCAGUGGACCUGGGCUGAGGCAGAUGCUGGGUGUCCCUGUCUACACACCAACCAGCUGACGUGUCCCCAGCUGGCUGGGAGUCUCCUGGACCUUCCUCCCUGGCCAGCGCAGGAGAAGAAGCUUGCAAUGCAAGGUCACAGGUCAGUGGGAGGCCCUGGGACUUUGUUGCUGAAGCCCAGCCAGGCAGACAGCUGCAGACACCCUUGCCCUCACUGGCCUGCAAGUGGAGAGUCCUGUUGCUUCUCAAGGAAGCCCAGGGCAGGGGGGCCUCAGUAGUUGGUUGCAAGUUUUCGAAAGUAGUUUGGCCUUUCCUUAAAAGGAGACACCUCGAAACGGUCUGGUUUGUUUAAUUUUUAAUCUGUCACAGUCCUGUCACUGAAGCGUUCUGCGGGGUGGAGGUGCCUGGCUUCUCCAGGAGGGUGGUGGCAGGAGCUCCUGGGAAACCCUGUAGCUCAGGUGUCCCUGGUUUUCUCUGAGGAGUGAGCGUUUCAGGGGAUUGGUGGGCUCAUCCCCUCAAGGUUCCCAAGGUAGCCUUUGCUUGAAUUUGUCUUUCCCUUCCAGAGGGGAGGGCGGUGACGUUUCCCUCGUUAGAUCAGUGUUCAUCCACAUGCUCUCACCAGGAGAGAGUUUUCUCACUACUUCACAAAUGGCACUUAAAGCCCUUUCAUUGGCCAGAAGCCUCCUGGCCUUUGGGGCUGUUGGACGGGGCCCUGCCUUCCCUCCUGUGUGCCCACUGUGAGCCCUGGUGCGGUGUUGUGGCUGUCAAGUCUGCCGUCUGGCCCUGCAACCCCUCCGGGAGCAGCCACGGCUCACAGCUGGCCCUUCAGUCUUAGGUCGUGCCUCAGCUGGCCACUCGCAAGCCCCCAUGUGGUAGGCACAGUGGGAGGGCGGGGUAUGAGCCCCAGUACUUCCUGCCUCAGGCCUUGGCCAGCGUGGGUGCUCAGCCCUCUGUUCCCUUGGGGGACCCCUCCCCCAGUCUUUGCCUUCACCCCUCUUGGUCUGGUGUUCUCCCGCAGUGAGUUGGGGCUUCCCUGUCCCCUCCCCCCAGGAUAGUCGCAGCCCUCACUUCCCUUCCCAGUGGUUACUGGGGCCUUUUUCUGGUGCAGGUGCCUGCCCGGCAAGGCAGGGCUGCAUGAGACUCAUGGAGCCCUGGUUUUAUAUAUAUAUAUAUAUAUAUAUAUAUAUAUAUAUAUAUCACCAAGCCAGUGCCAGACUGCCCUGCCAGGUGGGUGUGACAUGCCACACAGGGAGAUGUUGGAUAGCGGCUGGGACACUUGUCUGGGGGACCUCCCUGGGGAGCAUGUAGACCUCGAUCUCCUGGGAAAGACUCUAGGUUCCUUCCCUUGGGCUGUCUCUGUGGAGGGCCUGGCAGGACGGGGAGAGGAGUGGACUUAGACAUGUGCGGCAGUCACUGGAGCACCCACUCCCUCCAGGCGGGUGUGGCUAUGCCUCUGGCAAGGGCAGUGACUCAUGAGGGGAGCUUUUUUGCUAGGACAGGGGAGCUGCAAACAUAUUUUUCUUAUUUAUAAGCCUUUAUAACCCCCUGCAUUGGUUAUGGUCAGCACUGAGGGCUGGAGCCUGGGCCCGGGCCUUUGUCUGGUCUUCCCUGGAUUUUUGGUACUUUACUGUGGAAAUGACCAUCCCAAUCUGGUGACUGUUCAGGUGAUGGUUGGUUUAGUGGGGCCGGUGAUGUUCACUCUCUAGAACUGCCCGGGUCCCCACCACCGUCUUUGGUUUAAAAGACCAAAGAUGGGAAGGGGAGGCAGCAGGCACCACCUGGGGGUCCAGGAUCAGGGAUGACCCUUGAGAAACGUCUACUCCCUGCCCUGCCCUCCCCGCUCCUUGUGGGCCCCGGUUCCAGGCUGUGGAGUUCCCAUCACUUACAGAUGUCUGCACUGACAGGCCGGGCCAGCUGGGGUGAGACUGUCUACAUGUUGGGUGUACACAACUUUUUCAGUCUAUAGGACAAAUUAAGUUAUGAAAACUCAGUGACUAGUAUUUAAUGCUGAUCUACUAUGAAGUGUGCUGUAUAUGACCCCAGAGACUUCCGUACUGGAGGACCCCCCCGCCCCCAGUGUCCAGCAUCCAGUUCCAGCCCCAGGCGGUGGGGCAGAUUUGCAUAUUUAUUUGUCUGUUCUGUAAGCUUACGUGUCUAGAAUCCCAUUUAAGGUUUUAGGAUGCCUUCAAUAUGUAUUUUUUGAAAUAAAAAUAUUUCCUAUA